AUGGUGUUGGUGUCAGUCUUGUCAUUCUUGUUAAUCUACCGUCAUUACGGUGGUUAUUAUUACCGUUCCACCAUGGCCAAAGUCUUACUCUUUUUUGUCUCUGUCUAUGGCUUUAUUAUUGCCUGUAUUCUCACUCCUCUUCGUUGUACCCAUCUCAUCAAUUAUUCCGUCGCUAAAGUCAUGCGUGCUACUUCUCAAUUCUGGACUGGCUUAGAAGUCGAUUGUGAAGGCCUCGAGCUACUGGAUCAAAUCAAAGGUCCUGCUAUCUAUGUCUGCAAUCAUCAAUCCUCUUUGGAUGUCAUGCUCAUUGGUGUCGCUUAUCGUAAAAAUACCUCCAUUGUUGCCAAAAAGGAACUCAAGUCUUAUCCCUUCUUGGGCUGGUUUAUGACCAUGAGUAAUGCCAUCUUUUUAGAUAGAAAGAACAGAGACAGUGCUGUCAAGGAAGCCAAACAAGCAGCUGCUGAUAUUCACAAGAAGGGGAUCAAUGUUUGGGUAUUCCCUGAAGGAACUCGUGGACAUGAAUCUGAAGUCACAUUAUUACCUUUUAAAAAGGGACCAUUUUACAUGGCAGUACAAGCUAGAGUACCCAUUGUACCUGUCGUCCUUGCCAAUUACUACAAUCUCUAUAGUGCUAAAGAAAAGCGAUUUAACCCUGGUACCGUCAAAUGUCGUAUCUUACCCCCUAUCUCUACAAAGGAUGUCUUGGAGGAAUCAUCCGAGGUUCAAAAGUUGGCUGAUAGCUGUCGUGAGCAAAUGUUGAUCGCUCUUAAAGAAAUCAGUCCACAAAAGAAGGCAGACAAAUAA